AUGGCGCUAUCACCAACAAAGCUUCGAAAUGCAACUAUGACGACAAUACCAGAGUCCGAAGACAGUCGCCACUUUCGAUCAAUUUUCGUCAGUGAUAUAAUUGACGAAGACAAUGAUAUUGAAGUCAUUAAUUCAACAGAAGUCGAGAAUAGUAAGAUGCCUCGACGUACACAAGAAGAGAAAGAACCAAUGACAAAGGAGAAACGACUAGUUGUUAAGCAAUUAGAACGCUGGCAUGUGGCUAUGACAAAAAAAUCAAAGCGUUUGGGUCGAAAAAGUGUCGGAUGGAAUGCAAAAACGCAAGGUGACGACGAAAAGAAUGACUUUGAUAACCUCUUUGGUACAAAUAGUACGUUUGGGCAAGAGCUACGAGUUGUAAGCUACCCGUGGCCUAUUUGGGUAUUUGGCGUUGUCAUUAUGCUUGGCGCUUCUAUUUUUGUUCUUAGUGUCUACAAGACAAGAAAUGUAGACGCUAAUGAAAUGCCUCGUGAUACAACGUGGUGGAAGUAUCUUGUGGCUGUUGUGAUUUACGUACUUGGCUUUGCAUUAAUUGUAAAUGGCAAGAUUGAGACGUUUUAUAUGAACAAACACUCUUCACAACUUAUUGUACGAUCAAGUAAACCAUUGUGUCUCUAUGCGCGGUACAAUCGAUCAAUUGAACGUAACAUGAGCCAUAUUACCAACAUUCGUGUUGAAUGUGCGGGAGACUAUAGUGGUGAUGUCGACACACGUACGUACAAAGUGCAUUUUGAUUUUGACGAUGGGACGCACGUAUCAGCGCUUGAAAGUCGUUCGAAGCCCAAGACGAUGCGUCGUUGUCGUCAUAUCAAGAAUUUUGUAGCUCAGAGUUCUUCACCGAUUGCACUACAGCGAUCGGCGUCGGAAUGUUUGUCGCCUAUUGACUCAAGUGUCCAUCACUCUCCGUUGCGUCAUAUCGUUACUUCACCAGCUACUUUUAGUCUUGAGUAA